UGCAGCAGCAUCAUCAGCAGCAGCAGCAUCAGGUUCAUCAGCUUCAAACGGCAGCGACAACAACGGAGGCAACAACGGUAACAAUGGAUCAUCAAGUGCAGCAGCAUCAUCAGCAGCAGCAGCAUCAGGUUCAUCAGCUUCAAACGGCAGCGACAACAACGGAGGCAACAACGGUAACAAUGGAUCAUCAAGUGCAGCAGCAUCAUCAGCAGCAGCAUCAUCAGGUGCAAACGCAAACAAUAACAACGGAAGUAACAAUGGGAAUAAUUCUGGAUCAAGUGCAGCAGCAGUAACAUCAUCAAACGGCAGUGGUCAAAAAGUGAACAAUGCAGGUUCGAGCUCUGGCGCAACAGCAGGAUCUGGUAGCAAUGGAGGAAAUCGGCAAAACAAUGGCGGUAGUAAAGGUGCAAACGGAUCUGCAGCCUCAUCAGCUUCAUCAUCAGCAGCAUCUUCAGGUAGUGCUGGCAAUGGAAAUUCUAAAAGAGGAGGUAAACAGGGAAAUGGUCAGGGCAAUGCAGGAGCAGCAACUUCAGCUGCAGCAAGUUCAGCAUCUGGGAAGGGCUCAAAGUCUGGUAAAAGUCCAGCUAAGCAAGGAAUUAUCCCAGCCAUGAUGUCUAAAAUUCCAGCUUUAAGUGUUUCUAUGUUUUAA